AUGCUCAACAAGCUGAGCCAUACCAACCAGGGAACAUCCAGGGUGCCAUUAAGUAAUGAAUAUACUUUGAAGGACUUGUCAGGAACAGAAAAUUUGCUGACAAGUGGCUCAGAGCUGACCCAGAAACCAGUUUCCACUCAUGGAGAAGCAAGUAACUCUGGACAGCACUUUAGACCAAAAUUGGAAAUCAAAGGAGAGGGGAUGGAUAUGAAGGUGUAUAACCUACGUGAAAGAAAGGACCGUGUGUACCAAGAGGUCAGCGAGCCCCAGGACGAUGAUUAUCUCUAUUGUGAGAAAUGUCAGAACUUUUUCAUCGACAGCUGUGCUGUGCACGGGCCCGCUACAUUUGUAAAAGACAGUGCAGUGGACAAGGGCCAUGCCAACCGCUCAGUCCUCACUCUGCCCCCUGGGUUGAGAAGCAGACCAUCAGGCAUCCCUGCGGCUGGGCUUGGAGUGUGGAAUGAGGAAAGUGAUCUGCCGGUAGGCCUGCACUUUGGCCCUUAUGAGAGCCAGAUUACAGAAGAUAAAGACACAGCCAGCAAUGGAUACUCCUGGCUAAUCACCAAAGGGAGAAAGUGCUAUGAGUAUGUAGAUGGAAAGGAUACUUCUCAGGCCAACUGGAUGCAGUAUGUGAACUGCGCCCAGAAUGAUGAAGAGCAGAACCUGAUGGCCUUUCAAUAUCACAGAGAGAAUGAUUCAGAACAAAAGCCAGAGAUCCACCCAUGCCCCUCAUUCUCUAUGGCCUUAUCCAAUCGGACAUUUCUUUGUCAACACCUGAAAUGCAAUCACCCGUCUGAGAGUCUGCCAAGAACAUCUGUAAGAAAAUACCUCCAAUCAGAGAAGCCUAGCCCAGAGGAUCAGAAUCAGCAGCUGCAACAUAGUGGUACACAUGGCUGGAGUGACACAGCUGAAAGUGAAGAGGUCAAAAAAAGGUCCAAACCUUUACCUAAAAGGAUCAGGCAGAGGAGAAUUUCUCAGAUUUUUUAACCUUCUGAAGGACAAAUUGGGAGCUCUAGCGAGUGGGAGAGAAUAAUGGAGAAAGAGCCUAGCAGAGACCAGAAUGUGAAUCCAGAGAACACAGGCAAAUUAUUUGUGGGAGUAGGAAUGUCAAAAAUUGUAGCAAUCAAGUCUGGAGUGUGUGGGCAAGGCUUCAGUGUUGGGUCACAUAUCAAGAUACACCAGAGGGCACACUCAGGGGAGAAGCCCUAUGUUUGCAGGGAGUGUGAGCAAGGCUUUACACAGAAAUCACAUCUCAUCAGACACCAGAGGACACACUCAGGGGAGAAGCCCUAUGUUUGCACAGGGUGUGAGCAAGGCUUUACACAGAGGUCACAUUUCAUCAGACACCAGAGAACACACUCAGGGGAGAAGCUCUGUAUUUGUAGUGAAUGUGAGCGAGGCUUUACACAGAAGUCAGAUCUCAUCAAACACCAGAGGACACACUCAGGGGAGAAGCCUUAUAUUUGCAGGGAAUAUGGUCGAGGCUUUACAGAAAAGUCAGGUCUCAUAUGACAUCAGAGGACCCACUCAGGUGAGAAACCCUAUGUUUGCAGGGAGUGUGGGCAAGGUUUUACACAGAAUUCAGGUUUCAUUAGACACCAGAGGACACACUCAGGGGAAAAGCCCCAUGUUUGUAGGGAGUGUGGGCAAGGCUUUUCACAGAAGCCACAUCUCAUCACACAUCAGAAGACACACUCAGGGGAGAACUCCUAUGCUUUCAGGGAGAAUGAGAAGAACCCCAAGAGUGGCAAGGAAGCUGUGGAGCUGGUGGAGAACACUGUUCAGAUUCUGCAGGAGAAUGUGGCCACCAUUUGUGAAAAUAGACAAUAUCCAGGUGAACUCCCAGGCGGCCACCCUUCAAGAUGCAUCCAGGUUGACCAGCAGCCUGGUGAUGCAGAACAUGGUGCAACUUCUGAGCAUCAGCAGGACCAGAACCAGUGCAACAUGCCCAUCAGUGUGGCACACAUCCAGGAGAAGACCUGCAACCUGUUCUGUGACUUCCAAUUUCCCACAGACCUGCAGAUUUUCAGCAUGGACAAGACCAGGCUUUUCUGGAAUCGACUGCCCCAUAGGACACUCCUUUCUGUGGAGGACAAGUCAGCCCCUGGGUCCAAAGGUGCUAAAGAGGUCCUAACUCUGCCACUCAAGGGCAACACAGCAGGUAACAUCAAGCUGAAGCCACUGUUGGUGUCCCCCUCCCAGCACAAGGUGCUGCUCAUCUUGGACAGUGUGUCAGGCCAUCCUGGGAACCUAGACAACCUCUCAGACCACUUGCAUGUGGAGCACCUGCCCAAAUACACCAUGGCCCUCAUCCAGCCCUUGAACCAGGAUGUUGUUGCCACGUUCAAGGCCUGCUACCUAUGA